AAGCCGGGGCUUUGGGUGGAGAAGCCAGGGGUGGGGUGAGAGUGGUUGAACAACUUUUCGGCACUGCUUCCAGCGUGUUGACCUAGAUAAGACUCGAGAGGAGCUGUGAAGAGCCCUUGCAGAAGGACCCAGCUUAAGGCUUGGGGGGUUUACAGAUAGGGGUUGGGCUAGCUAUUCCACAGCCAAAAUAGAUACCCUAAAAAGGCAGGGGGGAGCAGGGGAAGGGGCUAUGAUGUGGCCAAAUUUUUUCCUCCAGGACGAGGAGCAACGCAUGGCAGUGCGCACACGGGCGGGAGGGAAGAGGCGCAAGGUCCUGACGGAUGAGCAAGAGGGCAAGAUCAAAUUGGCCUUCUUUGUGGCCAUCGUGGGAAUGACCCUGACGGUGGUGGCCGUGGGGACGGAAUUCUGGGUGGAGCUCAACACCUACAAGCAGAACCACUCCGUCAUCUGCGAGGCAGCCCACUAUGGCUUGUGGAAAUUUUGCUACAAGAAGCUCUGGAUAAAUGAUGUGGAGGAGGAGAGGGCCACCUGUGGACCUGCAGAGCUGCCUGGAGAAGCCAACUGUUCUUAUUUCAAAUUCUUCACUACUGGGGAGAAUGCUCACAUCUUCCAGAAGACUACUAAAAAAGAACUGAACAUCACAGCCGCUGUUGUGUCCCUCGUCAGCAUCACCCUGAUGGCAAUGGGAUCCCUUUGCAUCACAAUGGCUCUGAACAAAGGGGACGAAUUCCUCCUGAAACCUGCAUCCUGCUUCUUUAUCGUAUCCGGUAUUAUGGUGCUUGUGUGUCUGGAGGUUUUCCGGCACUCUGUCCGGUGGCUUAUCACCUCUGACGAGACCAUCCCGCUGGAGUAUGAGUAUUCCUGGUCUGUGGCUUGUGCAGUGGCUGCUGGGGCUAUCCUGAUCUUUGGCGGAGGCUGUUUUAUCCUUUUAUCCAUCCCGAAUUUGCCCAAAAAGCCCUGGGAGUACUGCAUGAAAAGCAGAAACAGCAGUAGCAGCAGCACUUCCUAAAAAACCAGUUGGGAGGGAAUUCCAAAGUCUCUCGCAUUCUGCAACACACACGCACUCUGUAUACCUCCACCAACCUCUUGGGGGCAGAAAGAACCGACCUUCUCCCACCCGCACGUCUGUCCUCUUCUUCCAUCCUCGAGUCUGGACUCAGUUUUCUUUCUUCUCUGUUUUCUGACUUGUAAAUAGAACCUCUAGUGCUUGUUUUGUGUUAGUUUGGGGU